AUGGAAGUAGAUCCGACUUGUGUCAUAUUUUUUGCAUUUAAUGGGCCUAUUUCUCUUUGUUGUGUUUUCAUCAAUGUAUUUUUCAUGUUUUGUAUUUUUUCUCAAAAAUGUGGAACGGCGGAGGUCAAACAACCCUUGAAAAUUCUGCUGCUUUCUGUCGCGCUGUGCUCUGCUCUCCUUCAAGCUUCUGUUUUUAAGUUCAUUGCCAUGUCCCAGUCCCAGACUUUGCUUUCUCUUACAAUAUUUCACAUCAUGCUCAAAGACCUUGUGGAGAUCAGUAUGACAACAACCGUGUGGCUCAAUGUUUUCUACUUCUCGCAGAUUGUUCCUGCACAGAGGGCCUUUUUCGUGUGGCUGAAGUCAAAUAUCAAACUUUUCAUAUAUUGUGGUUUGGUCUUUUACUGGGUAUUUCUUCUCAUCAAUGGUAUUUUUGAGGUUUUCAUUUCAUUGAUAAAAGCAAAGAAUACUGUCAAUUCUACAGGCAAUGGUACAGAUCCACAUGAAUAUUCACCACACCAUGUCAUUUCUUUGGUUGGUCAUGUUAUUAAGCUGCUGUAUCUAUUUCUGAGUCUUGUUGUGAUGUUGGGAUCUGGCUGUGCCACGGUUUCCUAUCUAAGGCGUCACAUGGAGAACAUGAAGUCAAGCAUGAAGUCUUCUCUGGAGAGUCAACUGAGGGUGACCACCACAGGCAUCGUGCAAGCUGUUUUCUACUUCAUGUGUGCCACAUGGAUCUGCAUCAGCAUGUUACAUAAUGACAUCUUCAAAUACAAAUUUGAUGAGAACGACUACAUCUUCUACUCUGUUACGUCACUCUAUUCUCUUGGAACUUGUAUAAAUCUCUGCAUUGGUCAGUCUCUGUUUAGGCAGAGGGCUGUUGACCUGUGGCACAAGGUCUCAAAGAUGGUUCAAUCAAGGAGACAUGUCUAA